AUGGGUCGUCAGGCGAUGCGGCGGCUGCGCCACCCAACGCUGAUGCGGCUGCUGGAAGGUCGAUGGCGACACGCUCCAGAUAAUACCUUGGCCGGUCCUCGGGUCUGUGCAGGAGGUCGAGCGUGGACGCGCGGCGAGGCGUGCGGGCUGCCAGGCACCACCAUGGCACGGGCGGUCGGUGACGCGGCUCCAGCAAGCUGGCGUCGGGGCGAGGAGCGGGCGCCGGCGAAGGGCAGAUCGUGUGGCGCGGCGCGGGGGCGCACAGCGCGGGGUGUCUGCAGGGGGCCGAGUGCCGGUGCGACGGGCGGGGCAGCGGACUGCCGUGGGUAUGACGGGCAUGGUGCCGGGGUGGCCGCUGGCCUGCUGCAGAUCGUCGCCGCGCUGCGCUACUGCCACGUGCACGGUGUGGCGCACCGCGACGUCAAGCCGCAGAACCUGCUCCUCGCCUGUGACGGCGCGCUCAAGCUCUCCGACUUCGGGAUCGCCCCGCUCGUGGAGCAGCGCGGCCGCGACGGGCGCCUACGCACGGCGUACGACGGGGCGCACGCCGAAGCGUGGUCGUGCGGGGUCAUCCUCUUCGUGCUCCUCGCGGGACGGCUCCCCUUCGACGACGCCAACAUCCCGCUCAUGUACCGGAGGAUCCACCGGCGCGACUACGCGUUCCCACCCUAG